AUGGCUCCAACAAUACCACCGCUGAAAGACAAAAGUCUUCUUAUCGACCGUGCCUUCGUCAACAGUCAGUGGGUGCCUAGCGAAUCAGGGAAGACAUUUGAGGUCACAGAUCCAAGUACUGGUGUUGUAGUUGGUACAUGUCCAGAAUGUGACGUAUCAGAUACAGAGGCUGCCAUCGACGCAGCAGCCAAUGCAUUCAAGACCUUUCGAGCCACAACUGCUCGACAGCGAUCAGACAUGCUACGAAAGUGGCACCAGCUCAUGCUCGACAAUGCCGAAGACCUUGCCAUCCUGAUAACGAUGGAGAACGGAAAACCCUUGGCAGACGCUCGAGGGGAGGUCAAGUACGCGUCCGACUUCCUCCUCUGGUUCGCGGAAGAAGCCCCUCGCAUCUACGGUAGCACCAUCCCGGCCAGCGUGGGCGGGAAGCGGAUCUUGACCGUCAAAGAACCCAUCGGGGUCUGUGGGCUGAUCACGCCUUGGAACUUCCCCGCGGCGAUGGUCACGCGCAAGGCCGCCCCCGCCAUUGCAGCAGGGUGCACCGUGGUGGUCAAGGCCCCGGGCGAGACGCCCCUGUCGUCGCUCGCCCUCGCGGAACUGGCCAGGCGGGCGGGCAUCCCGGCGGGCGUGUUCAACAUCGUCACGACGCUCGAAAACACUCCGGCGGUCGGCAACGCGCUCUGCACGCACCCCAAGGUCAAGAAGGUCUCCUUCACGGGCUCGACCGCCGUCGGCAAGCUCCUGAUGAAGCAAUCGUCCGACACGCUGAAGAAGCUGUCCAUGGAACUUGGCGGGAACUCGCCGUUCAUCGUGUUCGACGACGCGGACCUUGAUGCGGCGGUCGAGGGUGCACUGAUGAGCAAGUUCCGCUCGUCGGGCCAGACCUGCGUCUGCGCGAACCGCAUCUACGUGCAAAGGGGGAUCCUCCCGGCGUUUGGCAAGAAAUUCGUCGAGCGCGUCAGACGGUACAAGCUUGGUUCCGGGUUCGAUCCAUCUGCGACCCACGGCCCGCUGAUCCACGCCCGUGCCGUGGACAAGGUGGACAGCCACGUGCGGGAUGCAGAAGCCAAGGGCGCGCAGAUCGCCCUGGGCGGGCACAGGAUGACAACCGACGCCGAUCCCGGCCGGCAGGGUGGACGGGGCGGCCACUUUUACCCCCUCACCGUGCUGCUGGACGCGACGCCCGAGAUGCUCGUCGCGAGGGAGGAGACCUUUGGGCCCGUGGCGGCACUGUUCCCCUUUGAAACGGAACAGGAAGUUCUCGCCAUGGCCAACGCCAGCGAGGUCGGCCUGGCGGGCUACUUCUUCAGCCGGGACGUCCAGCGCUGCUGGCGGGUUGCCGAGGCCAUGGAAGUGGGUAUGGUGGGCAUCAACACAGGCAUCAUCAGCGACCCUGCAUCACCCUUCGGGGGCGUCAAGCAGAGCGGGUUUGGACGGGAAGGCAGCGCCCUCGGCAUCGACGAGUACCUGACGGUCAAGAGCAUGACCUUUGGAGGUGUCGAGGUGCGGCCAUAGUUCUGCUCUUCGUCACGCUCGACUGUACGUCUUCUGCCGGCCAUGAUUUUCUUCUCGGUGGUUUCUCGGCCGUACGUCUUCGGCCACGCUCGGGGUCUCGGCUCCGGGUUUCCGCCACGCCGGUAGAGCGAACAACCCUUUUUCGAUCUCGUACAGAACUGUCGGUACCGG